CUGUCCCCUUCAAAUCUUCCGUGUUCACUUCUACUUGCCUCCAUCAUCAUCCAAUAACAAUCCGCCCGACCACCGAUCGUCGUCGUCUCCUCGAUCCCACGCCAUGGCCGCCGCGAGCUUCGACGCCGACGUCCCGCGGCACGGCGGGGCGGCGGGGACCGGGCCCCUCGGCGUGCACGCCGCGUCGCGCAAGAUCGGCAAGCCGGGCGCCGCCGGGCACGGGCAGCAGGAGCGGAAGCCGGUCAUCAUCUACAUGGUGUCCCCCAAGGUCAUCCACGUCGAGGCGCACGAGUUCAUGCCGCUCGUGCAGCGGCUCACCGGCCCCGACGCCGGCCGAGGCGACAAGAAGAGCAGGCCGUCGACGUCCGGCGGCGGCGCUGGGUCGGCAUCCCCGAGGCGGCAGGAACCGGAGGGCGAGCGCAGCAGGAGCAGGGCGGCGCCGCCGGUGCGCGUGAAGGCGCGCGCCCUGAACCGGCCGGCCGGCCCGGCGGUGUCGGUGUCGGUGACGGCCACGAGGCAGCAGGCCGUCGCCGCCGCUCACUCAGCAGCGGCGUCGUCGGCGGGGCUCAUGUUCCACGACCUCAGCCCGCUCCGCGGCGCGGCGCUCAAGGGCGAGCACCACCCCCUGGUGUCCCCCGGAUGGCUGCACCACGUUGGCGACCAUUUCCUGAGCCCCGGCGCCGCCGCCGCGCUCGGCUCGCCGUCCGCCGGCUUCCUCGACAUCUUCGGGCCGCUGUCCUCGUCGCAGCAGCAGUGAUCGGAUCAACCGGUGAGUGGUGACAUGGCAUGCAUGAUGCCAAGAUGGCCAGCAUGCGCUAGGGUUUCUGGCAUGCACCCGUACUUGCAUGAUGCAUGCCCACUACUGACAGGAUCGAGGAUUAUUCGAGGCCAAUCUUGCUCGAGCGUUUGAUUAUUAGGUUGGUUCAGGAACUGUAUAUAGUGUAGGUUUUUUCAGUUUUCCCUUCGAUCCAAUCAUCCUAUCACUUCACAAGAUCAAGAGAGACAAGAAUUCCAAGCUGCCGCACUUGUCCGAUCCAGAUAUGAAGAUUGAAGAUAGAAUUGGAAGCAAUGAUCGAGGAGGAGAACAAAAGGGGUAACACUACUACAUCAUAUGUAAAUUAAUGGAGUUCUUUGAUGAGUUCUGUUUGUUGUUUGCCACGGUUAGUAGUUUGUGAUGAUAGAUGUGUGCUUUCUUAUACAACGAUGACUUGUUUUGAUUUUAAUUUGGUGCAAUGCUAGUUGUAAAUUAAUAAUGUAUAUAUGGUACCAUUUGGUACGCUACUCAUGGAAUUUGAUUUAUUUAUUGAUUCGUUUUA